UGCUCCUGGAUUUUCACCGCAAGCUCACCUUUGUUUCUAAAUUUAGCAUUUUUCAAGUGCCAUAUAAAGCCUAAAUGGAUAUUUGAUGGAAAGAAUUUCAGGCUAGGUUUUGAUUUACUAUUUCUACACAAAUGUCAUUUUAAGCAUCAUAUCCUUAGAAGAUAUUCGUCAAGGAUUAUAGAUAGCAAGGAUAGCAAUAUCGUGAAGAUGAACAGAGAUGCAUUAAAAUUUCAAGAACUAUGGGAUUUUAUAGCUAGGGAUAUUAAUAUAAAUAAGAAGCCUUUACCUUGCAAGACAAACAGGAAAAACAAUGUUAUUUCUGACCAACAAAAAUCUAAGAAAAAGAAAAGUCAUAAUAUUAUCAAUAAAAUAAUGAAUAGACAGAUGUUUGGAGAAUUUUCAGUGCACAGAGGAGUAAAGUAUGAAGCGCCGUUCAUGGAAAUUCCUGAUCACCUGAGGUUUUGUCUCAAAACAGAAAUAUUACCAACAGAAAUAUUAGACAAUCAUGUUUAUAUGGGUUUAACAGCAUGUGGUCAAUUUUUAUUAAGUUAUACUGAAGUAUGGACUCCUGCGGAUAGUGAAGAAAAUGUCUUUUUGACUGAUAAAUUAGAAUACAGGUUAUAUUUCUGGGGAUUUAGGCCCCAUAAUCCUUGUUAUAUAGUUCAUUCAGUUCCUUUAUUUGCCUCUAAUGCAUUUGGUCAUUAUCAGCAUGUUACAAUGGUACAAUGGAAAUCUAUGCCUUGGCUUCUUGUAGUUCACGGAUAUAAUGACUGUGGUCGCCAUGGUUGUAUGACUAACUCCUGCGAUAAUGUUGGUCACAUAACAUGGGUUUCAGUACCUUCUGUAGGAUGUUCUUCAUGCAAAAAGGAAUCCACAUCCAAUAAAGGUCUUGAAGGUCGUUCUUUAUGUACUAGACACAAAAUUUUGGCGCAUACUGAAUAUGAUUGUGGGUCUUUUGAACCUAUCUUUAAACCUCAUGUGAAUAUGAGGCGUCCUGGUCAAAUAGUUGUGAGCACAGGUGCACUCAUGCAUGUUUUGGAUGUGCAAUUAUUGACUUGUCAAUCUCUCACUAUGGGAAAAUCUAAUGAAAGAACUUAUUGUGAACAAAAUUCAACUGCUGGCAGUUCUAAAGAUGAGAAUGAGUGUAGUGUUAGUGAUUUAUUGAAUAUAUCUUUGGAUGAAACUCUUCGAGGACCAGAGGAAACUAUUAAACAAAGUGAUAAUGAAAUCAUCCCUAAUGUUAUAGAAUCAAAGAAUAAUCAGAAAGCUGAUAAAACUUAUGAAUUUGUUGAAGAGGUUGAGAAUUGUGAAAAAAUUGGAAUAUUUCGGAAACGUAGGUUGGCUGAUAGGAGGUAUGAAUAUCAUGAGGAUACACUUGGUGAUUACUUUGGUUUAAAAUGGAAUAAGUACAUGAAACUAGGGGCUAACACAAAUAAAGUUCUGCAUGAAACAACAAAUUCUAAUUAUCAGCGAUCUCAGACAUUGAAUAUUUUAAAUGAUAGAGAUGCUAAACAGAAUAAAGAUUUCAAUGAGAAAUUAAGUAAUAGCUCAGAUAGUAAGUCAAGUUUGGUUUUACCUGAAUAUAUUGUAAAUUCACCACCUUGUUUUAAAAGAAAAUCAUUGCUGGUCUUAGAAGAUGAAGAUUCUUACAAAUGCUCGAUUACACAUAUAAGAUAUUUUGUGGAAAAUAAGGCAGAUGUUUCUGAAAGACAAACUUCGGGUGAAGAAGAUGAAAUUUCUGCCACUGUAGGUGAAAGUUUACCUGCCACUUUUCAUGUAUAUUUGCCGCUCUCUCUCAAUGAUUUCCAAGCCGUAUCACAAGAAGAAUCCAAUGACUUGAUCAAGAAAGAACCUAUUGUUGUUAUCACUCAACAAUCCUUUGAUCUGGAGACUUUUAGUUACUUGGUUUCCUGCAAACUAUGUGAGAAGGAAAAGAAAUAUUUUAAGUGCAUUCAAGAUUGGUACAGUGAAAUUUUAAAGGUUUCUCCAAUUAGUGGCAUCACAUGCAUAUUAUUACUACAUGUAGUAGCUAUUCCUGCUAUAUAUAGGAGACCAUUAUCAGUAUUGCGCUGUGAUCAAUGUAUUGCUGGUGAUUGUUUUACACACCGCAAACAUUAUGAAGCCUCUUGUUUAUUUCAAUGGGAUCCUACAACAGGAUAUUAUGCUGUCAUUAGCCACACAUCUUUAAGAAUUUUGUGUCCUGAUAAAGAUAGCCCACAGAUGUGGAGACCUAAUAGGCGACAGGCUUCAAAGAUUCUAGAUAAUGUGGUGCAAGAUAAUAUUGGUUGGAACAUGCGAGUACAAUACACUUUAAAUACUGAAAUUUCUUUAGAGAGCAUUACGGAUUGGGAUCAUUUUAUUCAAUUGAAUCGGGGCCAUGUCUCUGAUGAUGAGAUUUAUGAUGUCUAUGAUGAAUAAUUUUUUCAAACUUUUCUCAAAAUUUUGAUUAUGCAUCCAUAUUUAUAUGUGUAUCUAUAUAUACAUAAUGGUAUGUAUUUUAGAAUGUUUAUUUCAAACAUAACAUUAUGUUUGAGCUUUAUUAAUAUUGUGAUUC